AUGAAAGCACUGAUGGGUGGGAGAAUUGCCCAAGAGGAAGGAAGAGACACAAUCAAUCUUUCUGAUCACAAUGUUGAGUCGUGCCGUUAUCCUGUGUUCUCCGUCGAAUUUUUAGUGAAGUGCCGUGAGCAGAAGGAAGUUGUCUCCUUGGAUUCAUUCCUGUUUUCAAAAGACCAGUACUUUCUGCAAGUGUCCCCAAACAAAGUCCUUGAGGGGGAAGAGUUAUGGCCAGAUGUCACUAUCAACUUGCAGGAGACAUCCAUGAGUACAUUAGAUACACAAGUUGCAGAGGGAGCCAUUGGAGUUGGAGAGGGAGGCCAUGAUAUCAGAAACAAACCAGAGGGCCACACAGUUUCAAAUGAGGAAGACUCUGAAUUGGAUGACCUUUAUGACCGGGUAACUGAGCCAACUGGACAGUCAGAAUCCAACCUAGAAGAAAGCCUCAAUGAUUUGGGUCAGAUCCUUGGGCUUCGAAUGAAGAGUGGAAAUGAUGGUGGUCGCCAUCCUGCUAUGGUGAAUCAUUCUGAAGAGCCAUCUGCUCAAGAGGCAGUACUACCUAACCCUCCACAGAAUAUCUCAAACCAUCCACCAGAUAAAUACGGGACAAACCUGAGACGUGAACUCCUGUCGUGUCCGGGGAACACCUCCCAGGCUACGGGAUCAGAAUCCCCAUUCCCGAACAGCCCCCCACACAUCACAGAUGGUCAUGACUACACGUAUUGCCGAUCACAGGAAUGGUCGAUGAGGGUCGUAUCGGUUUGGGAAUGA